AUGGAGCAUCUCACGAGUUUCCUCGCGGCACUCGGUGAGCCGGAAAUCGAAGACGCCGAAGAGGAAUCCUUCCUCCUCUUCUCCCAAGACAUCCCAUCCGCAAACCUGGGCUUCGUCGACUCGCGCGCCACGACCAUCGACCUGACCAUUCACGACCAAGACUACACCAUCCACCAGUCGCCGACGCUGCUAUCUUCGUCGCGCGCCGGGGGGACGACCGGUGCCGUCCUCUGGAAAAUCACCCCGCUCAUCGCAGAAUGGCUCUCCAACACCACCUCCACCACUAACAACCCCAACCCCCUCUGGACACACACCCUCCUAACACCGACCUCCACGAUCGUCGAACUAGGCUGCGGCAUCUCCGCGCUGAACGCCCUCGCCCUCGCGCCCAAGAUAGCGCACUACAUCGCCACGGACCAGGACUACGUGUAUCGGCUCUUUCGGCAGAAUCUGGAGGCGAAUGCGCAUACGCAUACGCAUACCCCGCAAACCAGGUCUGGUGGUUCGGGGAGGCAGAGGGAGAAGGGGCACGGGAAGGGGCACGGGAAGAAAGGGAAGGGGUCGACGCUGCAAUCUGGGGCUGGACCAGGGCAGGGGCAGGGGCAGAGGCAAGGGAACAUCAUCUUCACGUCGCUGGAUUGGGAGUUGGAUGUGGCGGGGUCGUUGAAGGAGGGGGUGGGGAUAUCUACCUCUACCUCUGUCUCUGAUGGAGAGGGCAGGGAAGGAGACAAAGGCUUCGAUCUCAUUCUCUCAUGCGACUGCAUCUACAACGACGCGCUGGUUGCGCCGCUGGUUCGGACAUGCGCGGAUCUGUGUCGGCUGCGGCCGGUGUAUAAAGAGGGAGAGGGAGCGGGAGAAGGGCGCAAGCCAACGGUGUGCGUGAUAGCGCAGCAGCAGCGGUCGCCGGAGGUGUUUGAGGCGUGGUUGCGGGAGACGAUGCGCGUGUUUCGGGUAUGGAGGGUGAGUGACGAGAUGUUGGGGGAGAAGUUGAGGUUGGGGUCGGGGUAUUUGGUGCACUUGUUGCUGUUGAAGUGA